UUCAAAACAAUUGAAAAUUUAUGAAAUAUUAAUUUAAUUUUGCGGUAAAAAAGACGAAGUAAAGCCGGCGAUAGGGGAACUCGCAGGGAAAGAGAAGGGGAUUGAAACGGCGUGGGGGAGAGAACAUGGAACACGACGACGUUGAUAUGGGCGGUGCAGACAACAAUGAAGCUGAAUUGGAUGACAUGAAGAAACGCUUGAAGGAAAUGGAAGACGAAGCUGAUGCUUUGCGCGAGAUGCAGGCCAAAGUGGAAAAGGAGAUGGGAUCUGUACAAGAUCCUGCUACUGGUGCUGCAAGUCAGAACAAUAGAGAGGAAGUAGAUUCUCGAUCAGUCUUUGUAGGCAAUGUGGAUUAUUCAUGCACUCCCGAAGAAGUGCAGCAGCACUUCCAAUCAUGUGGAACAGUAAACCGAGUCACCAUCCGCACUGAUAAGUUUGGCCAACCAAAGGGUUAUGCUUACGUGGAGUUUCUUGAAGUAGAGGCUGUUCAAGAGGCUCUUUUACUGAAUGAAUCUGAACUACAUGGGCGUCAAUUGAAGGUAACUGCCAAGAGGACCAACAUACCGGGGAUGAAGCAAUACCGUCCCCGCCGGCCUAAUCCUCACAUGGGGUUUCAAGGCAGAAACCCAUAUGCACCUCCCUUUGCCUUUGCUCCAUAUGGAUAUGGAAAGGUUCCAAGGUUCAGAAUGGCAAUGCGAUACAGCCCCUACUAUUGAAUGUCAUUUCCAUUCUGCCGAAACAGAUCUAUUGAAUACUGGGUGGAAGGAGAUGACAUCCUUCUCCCACAUAUGGUGUCAUGGCUGAUGUUUUGGCCAGUCUAGCCGCAUAGACUAAGGUGGUUGAUUCUAUGAGGAUUGAACACUGAUUUAGCAGCAAACCUUGUAAUUUUAUGGUGUUUUCUUUUGCUUUGCUUUGGUAUUUGUUACAUAUUCAAAUGUUCUUUGUAGAAGUAUCUUCUUAAAAAUGGUUAAUAUAUGGGGUUUUCAGUUGCC